GUUCCAACUUCCAGAGUUUGACUCUCAAAACAUUCUUCCCACAAAGCUAAAUGGAUAACAGAAACAGUAUUGGCCUCACUUCUGCAAUGUCCACCCAGAGCAAUCAGGCAUAGUUGACAUGCUUACGCUUCCUAAGCCGGUUCAACCAUCGAAGUUCCAUCUCAUCCUUAAUCUUCUUCUUUGUUUUAUACUUCUGUUCCAUGGUGGAGGCGAUGGAUUUAAUGUGGUCUUUCAUCUGCUGCAUGGAGAACCUAUCCAUUGUCAUCGAUAAUUUACUGUGCCCCGCAGAGACAGGAAUUGGAGGUUUAGAUGAAGACCGCAGAAGACGAGCAGGAGCCAGCAGGAGGUGAAGAGCCAGCAGGAGGUGUACGAGUGAUCAGGCGCCCCCGGAACAUAACUCCUAUCCUCUUUGGCAGUCCAAAAAGGAAACCAAGUCUCCGUUUGCGAUGAGACCACCGAUAGUCUGUAAUCCUUCCCCUUCUUCUCUAGGGUUUCAUUUUCUCAGGAUUUCUGUUCGGCUCAGGGUUUCUGUUCGGCUCUUGCAAGAAGGUAUCAACUCUCUUUCUGCAAGAAGGUUUCUGUUCUCUGGUUUGCAAGAAGGUUUCUGUUCGUCUCUCAGAUUUCUUUAUUUUCCAUCUAUCUGUUUUGUUUGGAUUCGAAUUUCGUACCAAGAAGUUAGGCGAUCUGUUAGUUGGAUGAUACCGUCUUAUAGCUUGCUUAUUGUAGAUUAUUAUGCUCCUUGUCUUUGUUUGGAACGCAUUCUUAUCCUGUAGAUCAUUAUGCUCCUUGAAUUUGGUAUCAAGAAGGUAUGCGAUCUCUGAGUUGGAUGAACUUCUUCUAGCUUACUUGUUGUAGAUUAUUAUGCUCCUUGUGUUUGUUAGUAAGGUAUCCGGAAUCUUUUUGUUACUUAAAAUAGCUGGAGAUCACUAGUUUGCAGAUGUGUAACUACGUAGAGACUGGGUGUAUGUAGGCAAUUUCUGUGGGGUAGUUCAGUCUGUAUUACAUUAUAGUUUCUUGUGAUCUAGCUGGGUAGAAGUUUUUGGUAGUAUGUUUGUCUAGUUGAAGGUUUUCAAACAGCAAAGUUUUGAUCGUAUUAGCUAUGAUUGUCAUCUUUGGGUUACCUAUUGACUGCCAUCAUAUAUAUAUGUUUUAAUUUGCCAGACCCAAAAUGGCAGAGGAUGACCAGGGCCCUCUCAUUGAUGAAGAGUAUCAGAGGCUCACGAAGCUGUCCACGAACUAUCAUUCAUUUACCAUGAGCUUCAAUUAUCUGAUUGCAAGAAAAGAAGUGUUGUUGAAGUGCCAUCAAUAUGAUAUACAUUGUCUGAGGGAGAUCCAUGAGGAGCUUAGGCGAGUCCUCUUCCUGCUCGAGUUUACCGAGUAUGCUAUGGUCCCGCUAAGCUCGGAGUGAAACUGCUUCUUGUGGACAGGAACAUUGGUAUAUUUUGAUUGCAUGUGUUUAUAUUAAUGUAUUCACUCAUUUGUAUGGCAGCUGUUAAUAAUCUGUGAAUUUUGUUUGCAGCCUCUUGCUCUAGGCUUCAGACAAGUGCCAGUGAUGGAAUGCUUCUUUUGGCUGAUGUCUGUGCUGAGCUUUGGAGGGAGGUUGAACGGUUAUGCAACUUUUCUAUUAAAUGUGGUUUAGAAAUGUACUGUUCUGUUUGGUUUGAUCUUGUUUCAUUUGAUGAUUCUUUGAUUAUUCAGUUAUGCUUUUUUUUCCAUCUAUCUUAGAAUUGUAGUAUACUAUUCUGUUUGGAAGUUGAUUAUUCGACAAUUAUCAUUUCUUUGGAAUUGCUUGAAUAUGAAUUCUUGCAAAUUAUUCAGUGACAAGUUUAUAUAAAUUUCAGCUAAAGAAGACCCUUCCUUAGAGGCUCGUACUCCCCGAAAGCCUCGGUGGUCUCAUCGUAAACGGAGACUUGGUUUCCUUUUUGGACUGCCAAAGAGGAUAGGAGUUAUGUUCCGAGGGCGCCUGAUCACUCGCACACCCCCUGCUUGCUCUUCACCUCCUCUGGUUCCUGCUGGUCUUCUGCGGUCAUCAUCUAAACCUCCAAUUCCUGUCUCUGCGGGGCACAGUAAAUUAUCGAUGACAAUGCAUAGGUUCUCCAUGCAGCAGAUGAAAGACCACAUUAAAUCCAUCGCCUCCACCAUGGAACAGAAGUUUAAAACAAAGAAGAAGAUUAAGGAUGAGAUGGAACUGCGAUGGUUGAACCGGCUUAGGAAGCGUAAGCAUGUCAACUAUGUCUGAUUGCUCUGGGUGGACAUUGCAGAAGUGAGGCCAAUACUGUUUCUGUUAUCCAUUUAGCUUUGUGGGAAGAAUGUUUUGAGAGUCAAACUCUUGAAGUUGGAACUCCCUGGGAAUUCUUGUUUGUUUUGAAAGGAUGUUUACCUUUGAGUCAAAACUCUGGAAGUUGAACUCCUUAGGAAUUCUUGUUGUCUUGGUAUUUGAAGUUCGAGUAAUUUUGGUAGAGUUGCUAUAGGUACCCUACGUACUAAUUGCUCUUUACUAUCUGAAUUGGCAGUACUAGGAGUCCAUUGUUUAGCAGGUCAAGUUCUUUGCUUGUAUUCAGUGCUUGUGCUUCAUGGUUUCUACAAUUAGUACUGGAGGAAAAAUAUUCCAUUUGUUGCUAAAAAACAGAGUUUAUGCAGUUGAUCUUAAUUGGUAAGUUGUUAAUGUAGGUGUGGGUCUGCCGAUUGUUAUCUUUUUCAUUUAGGCAUUAACUUUUUGGGAUGUGUUGAAAUGUUUAUCUACUAGCUCUACUGCUUUGUUGUCCGAGAUUCCAAUCAAUGUUCAAGCGGUGCCUGUGUGGGGUUUCAAAGUAGAAAAGAAAAAAACAGUUUGUGUUAUUUUAAUGUAUGGUUUUGCAUCGUAUUUUUAUCUUAUUUCUAAUUUGAUAUUUUAAUUGCACAAGUACUUAACCAUAUACCCUUUUUUAUUCUUCUUCGCUUUUCAACAGUAAGAUAUCGUUAAUAGGUUCAGCAAGAUUCAACAGACAACAGGAGCAAUAGAAAUUGAAUCAUUGUAGAAGAGAUCAAAUUUACCUGGAAUGAGAUAAUAAAAAGGUAUAUUUUACAUGUGAUAUGAAAUUUAGAACAAAAAGAGCGACCAACUACACGAACCCAAUUUGGGUCUAUAUAAUUGAAUUUGUACCGCCAGUUCUUCUGGAGCUAGUGAAACCCCCCAAAUUGUUCCUCUUUCGUACAACUUAUCUUGUUUCAAAUUUAAGUUUUUUGCUCUCAUUUCCUUAGGAUGAAAUCUCGAAGCCAAAAAUAUCUCCUUAGUAGCCUCUGUCAAAUUAAUCUACGAAAUCAAGAAUUAUGAACACAAGACAAUAAAUUUCUUAAUGUGGUAUUGUCAUUAUAAAACUAGUUUACAAAGAAGAUCUAUCUAUGAUUUUCUUGUAUUAGGUUUUUGCUAAGAGUUUUAAGAUUAUUAAUUACAAAAAAAUUAGUUGAGUGUACAUGUAUCUUUAUAUGCUUCAUAUGUUCAUGUGCAACUGGAUUAAUCACAAUAUGUAUUGCACUUAUGUUGUCUCCAUAUAGCCUCACAGGUGUCUGACACUGCACUCCCAAUUCAAAAUGCACUCGUUGUAGCCAAACAAUUUCUGAAGCAACUCUAGACAUUGAUCUAUAUUCAGCUUCUAUUGAUUAUUUAGAAACCUAUGUUUUUCAACACCUCCAAGAGAUAAAUGAUUGGCUAAAUUGAAUACACCAACUUGAAUCACCCUCUAUUGGAAAUACAACCCUACUCUUAUUACGAACUUGAAUUGAAUGAAAUAUUGUGAUUUAUUUUUGUGAGAUAGUUUGAAUGAUUUGUUUGAAUUCUUUAACAAUAGGAAAUAUGAAUUUGAAAUUUUAUAUGAUUUGUGGUAAAUUCACUUCUAAGUUAGUAUAUUAUAUGUGUCUUUUAUAUUAUAGCGCGUGAGCAGUGAUAUUAACAACCACUAAUUUUUUGGAAAUAUUGAUUAGGAUUUAGGAAGCAUCAAGGUUGUCAACCCACAGGUCGACCCACUUUGACCCUGACCCGGUGAGAAAAAUGGGCCGCAAGCACCCGCCAGGUCGACCGCUACAAGGUAUCGGGUUAGAGGUCAAAUUGUGUCAUUUUUUUCUUUGGUUUGCGAAAUGCGCAUAUUUUCCGAUUUUUCUUUUCGCCUAACUCAAUCUUUGGAAUCCUUGAUGUUAUAUAAAUGUGUGUGAAUUUU